GUGUGACAUCCGUGUCAUCCGGAUGCUACGGGAGAGGACCCUCGGCAACAGCUCCACACGCCUGGCCAAACAGCUGCGGGAGAACCACGGCGAGGAGUGGCUGCAGCGGUUGGCCCGCUACAUGGAGCUGGCCAAUGACUUUGCCCGCAGGCCCGGUCUCUUCCCUGUGGUCUGUCAGAGCCCCCCCGAGCCUAUCGCUGUCCCGACCAACAGGUGGCUCCUGACGGUGUACGGGAAGGACUUGAUGAGCCGUAUGGGUCACAUCAAGGCCAGCAUCACCUCCACCUUUGGCUCCAUUUUAAAAAUGGAUUCUACAAAGAAGAUGACCAAAAAGCUGGCUGGAGCCGCCAAGGGGACGGCGCUCUGGGUGUCCUCCGUCAGCAACGAGAAGGGGCAGGUCCUGAUCAGCGUCCUGACAGCCCAGGAGGGACCUGGACUGGACCGGAUGGUGUCAGGCCUCAUCAGGCGCUACAGCGAGGCGGGCGUGGCUCCCCCUAUACUCCUCUAUGUGGACUGUGGCUGCUGCAAGGAGACGGGAGGGGAGAGCAAGCUGCAGGCCAGGUUCGGCGGCUGGCCAGACCUCGUCAUCCGGCUGGACAUCUGGCACUUCCUUCGGCGGCUUGCGGCCGGAUGCACGACCGACGCCCACGCCCUGUACCCCAUCUUCAUGGCCACGCUCUCCGUCUGCCUGUUUGAGUGGGACCCUGAUGAUGUGGCCCUUCUGCGCCACGCCAAGAGGGAGGAGCUCCGGAGGGAGGGUGUGCCCGGCAUCUCCGAGGCUCUGGUGGACAGCCGGUUGACCAAGGCCCAGUUGGCGCUGUACUGCAGGCGGAGGACCCGUGGAGAGGAGGCCACCAUCCGCCAGGUGGAGGCCCUGCUGCAGGAGCUGAUGGGGGACAAAGGCAGGGACCUGCUGGGUGUUCCCCUCCUGGACCGGGUGAGGAUGGAGCACAUCUGGCGGGUUCAGAAGAGGCACGUCAAGUGCAUCCAGGACCUGCCAGGUGUGCCUCUGUACACAAAGACCGGCACCACCACCACCAAGGACGGCGUCGUCCUCACCAAAUACAGGUGUGCGCGAGGUUCAACGUCACUGGAGUCCUUCCACUGCCACCUGAACCGCUUUAUUCCAGGGACCCAGGCCAAUGACCUGAACUUCCAGCUCUACUUGCUGGACGGGCUGAACCGGUGGAACCAGGACCGGGCUGCUGCUGCUGUGGCUGAGAAGAUGUCCGCUCUCCUCAGCUACUCGGGGGAUCUGGUACACUGUGUGAACACAUUUGGCACCAAUGUGUUUGGACAGAUGUUUGUCCCCUCUUUCCGCCUCCCCAGCAAGUACACUGGUAAGUUGCACUGA